AUGCCUCUCGACGGCGUCAAGAACAUUGUGCUGGUUCUCUCCGGCAAAGGUGGCGUCGGCAAAUCCUCAGUCACCCUCCAACUCGCCCUCGCCCUCUCCCUGCAAGGCAAAUCCGUCGGUAUUCUCGACAUCGACCUCACAGGGCCCUCAAUUCCUCGCCUAGUCGGACUCGAAGAUGCAAAGAUCACCCAGGCCCCGGGAGGCUGGAUCCCCGUACCAGUACACACAGCCCAGAACCCUUCAUCCACCACCCAGCCCCGAGGCUCCCUGCGCUGCAUGUCCCUCGGCUUCCUCCUGCGUGAUCGCGGCGACGCAGUCAUCUGGCGCGGGCCCAAGAAGACCGCGAUGAUCCGCCAGUUCUUGUCAGAUGUAUACUGGGGUCCGACGGACUAUCUGCUCGUGGACACGCCGCCGGGCACGAGUGACGAGCACAUCGCGCUGGCGGAGCAGCUCCUGACCCUGGCUUCGACGGAUCCGUCUGCGACGGCGGCGGGCCUCUCUCGUCUGGCGGGUGCGGUGCUUGUGACGACGCCGCAGGCCAUCGCGACGUCCGAUGUGCGGAAGGAAGCCAAUUUCUGUGUCAAGACGAAGAUCCCUGUUCUGGGUGUGAUUGAGAAUAUGUCCGGUUACUCUUGUCCGUGUUGUGGGGAAGUGAGCAAUCUCUUCUCUAGCGGCGGUGGAAAGGUCAUGGCGGAUGAGCUGGGGAUCAAGUUCUUAGGCAGUGUGCCGGUGGAUGUCAAGUUUGGGGAAUUGGUGGAAGGUAAGGUGGUUGAUGACAGUGAUUCUGAUGAAGAGGAGGGGGCUACGCAAGCCCAACAGCAGGAGGAGCCCGUUGAUGAUCGGCCGCUGGUGGAAAGAUACAAGGACUGCUGGUCGCACAGUCGGUUUGAAGAAUUUGCGAAAACAUUAAUAUCCCAGAUCGAGGGUGCGAGUCCAGCGAGUGGAUGA